AUGAGCUCAGGCCUCUUGGCUGACUACGACAGCGAUGCUGAGCCGGAAGAUCCUCUCAAGGAUGGCUACGAGGCACGACAAGCCAUCGCGCGGCAGUUCCUUUGUGAGGAUUUCGAUGAGCCCAGUGCUUUAGGAGAGGAAUCAGAAGUAGCUGCGGGCGGCGAGCCCGAAGAGCCCGACGAGCCCGAAGAGGGUGAAGAUGAAGAUAUCGAUUUGGGCAUGUGCAUUGAUGUGGAACCAGCUGCACAGCCAGAAUCUGGCAUGCACGCGCUGGACUCAAACGAGCUAGCUGCAGCCAUCCUGGAGGCAGAGCUGGAUGACGACGAGGAGAAAUUGGAAAGUCUGCGGGCUGAGCUUGCGGAGCGGCAGGCCCGGGAGGCGCGCGGAGAGGCGCCCGGGGCCAUGGUCUCCAAAGUGUCCAUCACGGAUUCAGUGGAAGUGCCGGUACAGGUGAUUGGGGCCGUGAUCGGGUCUGGUGGCGCAGUCAUCAAGCAGCUAGCUGCGCAGUCUGGGGCCCGGAUGUCUUUUGCGCAGGAGGAUUACCAACCAGGAUACCUGGCUCUCACCCGCCGUUGCUUGAUCAGUGGCGCAACAGACGUGGUCGAGAAGGCCAAAGCGCUGCUCCAGGAGGUUGUGUCUUCUGCCAUGGCCGAUCAGGAUCGGGGUGGGCGGAAAGGCAAAGGAAAAGGAAAGGGCCAGAGAAAGGGAACACCCACGAACUUGUCAAGCGAUUUGCUGGGUGAAGGUGCCGGAGGACGUGCUGGAUUUCAAGCGGGUAUUUGCAAAUGGUAUGCCGCGGGCUUUUGCCGCAACCGUCCAGAUGCCUCGGGGGGCUGCCGAAACGGGCUGCACAGCACAGAUGCCGCGCUGAAGGCGGAGGCAGACUGGGUGGCACAGGGCCCCAGCGGCGGCGUCCAGCCUUCCAGGCCAUUGCUUCUGUUGCUGGACUUAGAAGGUGGUGGCAACAAGGAUGGUCGGGAUGGCGAGGAUGAGAUCAUCGAGGUGCCCAUUCUCUCCAUGUGCUCUUCUACGGGGAAAGAAUGUGGCCGAUUUCAUCGCUUUGCACGGCCCGGAUACUGGACGAGGGAGGAGUGGUCUAUGCGCAAUCGCUUUCAUGCCGGAUGCUUCAACAAUGGGGCAAACUCGGUGCCUUUCCCGGAGGUGGUGCACGCCAUACAGAACUGGCUGCGGGACUUGCUGCAGUUGGCCCCCGGGAAAGAGCUCAGGAGUGAGGACUUUCUGUUCGUGACUUGCGGCAACUGGGAUGUGAAGUCCGCCAUACCACGGCAAUGCAGCAAUCCAGUACCAGGAACUGUGGAUUACUCGCUGCAGCAGCUGUUGUUCUCGCGGUGGAGCAACUUGAAGGAGGUCUACAGAGACUUCUACAAGCUGCCUGAUUCGGCAGCUCCCACUGGAAUGCGGGGCAUGCUGAAGCUCAUGAGGAUACCGCUCUCAGGGCAGCACCACUUAGGCAUGGAUGACGUCAGCAACUUGGCCAAGAUCCUGCAAAGACUCAUUCACGAGGGCUGCAAAGUUGAGCCGACAGGACAUAAAGCGCCGGUGGGAUUGCCCAUGAAUGGGAAGAAAGGCAAAGGAAAGGGCAAGGACAAGGGCAAGGACAAGGGCAAGGGGAAGGAGGGGAAGGAGGGGAAGGACAGGGGGAAGGACAAAGGGAAGGAUGAAGGGUAUGGCGUCAACGGCCCUGACAUGCAUGGCCAUGGGCCCGGCAAUGGUUGGGGCAAGGCAGAAGGAGGCAAAGGCGAGGACGUCCGAGCCGAGAGAAGCGAGGAAGGCAAGAAAGGGGAAGCUGACAAAGGUGAGGAAGGUGAAGGCAAAGGAGAGGAAGGCAAGCAAAAGAAAAUGCGGGAAGAUGAGGAAGGUGACGGAGGCGAGGAACUUGAGGAAGAUGCUGGACCUCCUCCGCUGAAAGCCCCGAGGAUCUUGAACCCGCCAGUGAUGCUGCCAGCACCGACAGGGUCUCUCGCGGAGCCCCCAAGGAUAGACCCAGCCAUGCUGCCAGAGCCGACAGGGUCCCCGGAAGCCCCGAGGAUCUCCAGCUUGCUCGGGACCCUGCCGGCGCCGACAGGGCCUCCGCUGAAAGCAGCAAGGAUCUCCAGCUUGCUGGCAACGCUACCGGCGCCAAAAGCUCGGAGUGAUGCAGAUGAGCUAAUGAACCCUCAGCUUCAUGGCUCAAAAACAGGGCCGUGA